AUGGUGACAAAGAGCGAGGUCAUAUAUGCUCGGUUCCGCAAGAGGGCCGCCGAGCUCUCGGGGGAGCCGCUGGAGCCGAAGAAAAAGGCGAAGAUCGCCGCUCCCCGAGUCGGCCCUUCCGAAGGCGCGAGGGGAGGUCGAAGCUCCGAUCCCGGAGGCUCGGGGAGUGAGGUCUUGGUGCUGGCGUGCCCUGCGCCUAUUUCACAAGUACCGGGCCGGCCUUCAACCCGGCCCGGGGGCUCGGCAUCCGAGCCGAGCAGCAGCAGAAGGCCUGCGAGGCCGCCUUCCCCGGUGGCGGCGAGGCCCGGCUCUCCCGCCCCGCCAGAGGAGGAAGAACGAGGGGAGCGGACCUACACCGUCGAGUGGAGGCUAUCCGAGGGCGACUCCGCCCUCGAAAACAUCGAGACGGCGCGGCAACUCUUCCGUGUCGCAAUCCUUCCCGCCGAUAGGGCGAAGAUUCAGGCCAUGAGCCUGAAUCAAUUUCUGGAUUCGGCCCGCCUCUCGGCCGUUCGGCAUCUCCUCGAGGUCGACACUCUGAUCACUCUGGGUGCCGAUUACAAGGAACGGGCUCGCCGGUGCAUGCGAGCCCAAGAAGAGGCCGAGAAGAGAGCACGAGAACUAGGGCUCCAGAAGGAGGGGCUUUUGCUUAGAGUAGGCGCUGCCGAGGAUGAAGCCAAGCUCCUGACGAUGGGGCUUGACGAGGAGAAGGCUGCCCAUUCUUUGGCCAGGUCGGAGCUGCGGGCCUCCGAGGCUCGCCUGGCCGAGGCGCGGUCCUUGCUCGCCGUGCGUGAGCAAGCAAUAAGAGAGGCGGAGCUCAAGGUCGAGGAGCUCCAGGCUCAGCUCGGAGUCCGAGAGGAGGAGGCCAAGAAGCGGGCCUUAGACGCUGUCCGGCUCUUCAAAGAGUCGGAGGAGUUCCAGGAGCUACUGGAGGAGGAAGCCGUCAACGGCCUUGUCCAAGGGUUCGACGACUUCCGCAACCAGCUGCACCAGCUCUGCCCCGAGUUCGAUCUGGAUCUGCUUCAGCCUGGAGCUGGAGUCGAGGGCCUCGGGACAGAGCCUGCCGAGGCGGCCCCGGAGGUCCCCGAAGAAGAGGCAGCUCGGGAAUCCGCCCCCGAGAUUGCGCCCGAAGGCAACGAGGUCGGUGAGCCCGGAGCUACCGCCGAGAGGGCCGAGGCCGAGGGCGCUGAAGUCGAGCCCGGGGAGAUUCCGGUUGAAGGUGCCGCGCAAGCCGCGCCCUGA